GAAACUACCGGUUACCAUUUUGUAAUCCUUGUCAAAUAUGGAGGAAUUCUCAAAUGGAACAAAAACUGGUUCUGAGUACCGCCUUGUUCUCUUGGGAAAAACUGGGUCUGGGAAAAGCUCAACAGGAAAUUCAAUUUGUGGUGAAGACAUUUUUGGAUCGCGUGUGUCAGAAUCUUCAGUCACUAAGACCUGCCAGUAUGCAGAAACUUGUCGUUUUGAUCAAGAUCUGAGCAUUGUAGACACCCCAGGGUCCUUUGAUACUAGUACAUCCAACGAUGUCAUCAUGGCAGAAGUGACCCGAUGUUUGGCGCUCUCUGCUCCUGGCCCUCACAUUUUUAUCUAUGUUUUCAAUGUACUUUCCAGAUUUACCAAGGAAGAGGAGGAUUCGAUCAAUCAGUUUGUUGAAAAAUUUGGGGAGCGAGUCUUUGACUACAUGAUGGUCAUCUUUACCAGGUAUGAUGAUUUAAGGAGAUGCUCUACUCCACCGUCUAAAUACCUUGCAAACUUAUCUCCAAGCUUCAAAGCGUUUUUAAGUAAAUGUCAAUACAGAGCAUGUUGGUUUGAUAACACCUUGACCGGAUCCGAAGCACAUAAACAGGUUCAAACCCUUCUUGGAGUGAUCGGAAAAAUUGUAGAGGAAAAUGGUAACAUUAGCUAUUAUACGAACAAAUUAUAUACUGAGGCUGAGAAAAUGAUGAAAAAGAGAGAAGAAGAAAUAAUAAAUGAUGAGAAAAAGAAUAAGAAUGAAAUGAGUGUUCUGAAAAUAAGAGAAGAACAUAUUCAGAAGGAAAAAAAAUCCAAGGAAUGGCGAAUAAGAGACAUUGAAAGAAGACUCGGAGAACUUGAAAAAGCAGGCAAAGGAGGAGACGGAAGUAGGAAUUUCAGAAGAAUAUCAAGAAGCAGCUCAGAGGGUAAGACAAUGGAAAAGGAAGUCAACUUUUUAUGCCGAGAGAUGGAAAAAAUAAAGUCAAAUGACUUAAAAAUGAUUGAAAAACAACAGAAAGAAAUCCAAAGUCUAAAGGCCAGGUUAUCCAAAAAACAAAAUAAGGGACAUCCAAGAUCAGUGGCCAGGAGAGAACUCUCGAGAAGAAACAGCCCCCUUAGUCGCGUAAUCUGUAGAGGAAUUGUGGCCUUGGGCAAACAUUUGCUGGCGGGAUUCGUGGGACUUCUAUUGCUGUGAGCAUUUAUAGUCCUU